GAAUUUCGUGUCAGCUAGUUGUGUUAGAUUGCCUAGGAGCACAACAUUUGGAUCGCUAGCAUGUGACUGGAAGGCCGGAGGCGAGGUUAGGGAUACGUCUAUCACCUCUUUGUGGAUCUAUCGCCCCUGAGUCGCCUGUAUGUUAACAAAACUUCAGACGCAAUGUCCACACGUGCAGAACAGGGAUAUGGACGACGUCCGCAUGCCACCUUGGCUUGUUACAUGUGUCGCAAGCGGAAGAUCAGAUGUGGGAGAGAACUGCCGCACUGCACCAUAUGCAAAGAUACCUCUCAAGAAUGCAUCUACCCAGCGAAACCGAUGAGACCAGGUCCAAAGAUAGGCAGUACCCACGCUACCUCUCAGAAGCGGCAGCUGGAUAAAGAAAGUCAAAAGAAAUAUCCUCAGGAGCGACGAGAUAUGAGACUCGAACCUCCAGGAAUGACAGGAACUACCUUGGUCGAUGACUCCUCUCCAUCUUCAGUACCAUCUCAGCCGCCCCAAAGUCCUCCACAACCGAACAAUGUGCUGACCCUGUCAUUCAUUCUCCAUCCCACGUUUGAGAAUUGCUCGCCAGACCACACUGAUGCCACUCCGAAUUUAGCAGAUACAGAUGUUCGUUACACCGAAGCGCUGAUGACAAGCUGUAAAUCUCUGGGCUUGACUUUGCUACAGUUGAACACUUUGCUCCCACGAUACUUUGAAACAUUCACGUCGUUUCAACUCUUCCGGCUAUCAGAACUUCAAACAAAAUUAUGGCAGAUCCCUACCCCAACACAAAGAACGGCACUUCUAGCAGCGAUGCUGGCGUUUGGUCUGAAAGGCCUUGAUAAAGAUGACUUACACAAUAUUUUGCAGGAGCCCGUUCUUUCGGGUGUAACAGAAUUACCAAGCAUCCAUUUCCGUUCAAUUGGGAUCAAGCAUAUGGAGCAAGCUAUUGAAGAACUCGACGACGAACCUUUGUCUCUUCCUCUCUUGCAAGCACUGAUCUUGAAUACACAUUGUCUGCUCGUCCAACGCGUAAGAGGGAAGGCAUGGAGGUGCCUCGGGACUUGUAUCAGAACUGCAUAUGAAUUGAAUCUUCAUCUCAUUGAUGCAGGCAAGCAGAGCCACGAACCCAUCUCAAAUGUAGAGAAAUGGUGCAUUGAGGAAGAAUGGCGCAGGGCCUGGUGGGCGAUCUGGGAGAUGGAUGUGUUUGCCAGUGUCAUUCGUCGCUGCCCAGCGGGUAUCGACUGGAGCCAGAACGAGACAUUUCUACCGGCUGAAGAUGCGAGAUGGUAUGGCGGCCAACCACAGCAAAGCUGCUUUUUGGACAUCGAUGUAACAAGCCGAUGGAAAUCACUGGUGAAGACCAAGAACAGAUCCCCAAGCGCCUGGUUUAUUCUCCUCAAUUCGCUCAUGAAGGACGCCCAAACAAUUUCGAGUCCAACCAGUGUCGAUAAGCCUCUCCUGCCAGAUCGAGAACUAUUGCCGGAGGCUAGCGGAGGCAUUAUUGACGAACACCAGCGACUACUGCUUCGAGAGAAAGCGGUAGCAACAAAACGUCUCAGCACUAUCUCCAAUGCUCUGUAUUGUGCAAUCAUGGCUCUCCCUGAAGAACUCCAGUACCACGGUCAACAUCUCAAUUUUGGCGGCAAGGAACUCCAGAAGCCAGGCGCCAUUUCUAGGCGGCUUACACACAGCUUCAUCUACAGUAUCUAUCUCAUGACUCAACUCACAAAACUCAUGAUCCUGAAAUACCAUGUAUUUCGCACAGGGAGAAAAUGGACUCUUUAUCGGAACCAGAAAACUAUGGGCGAUGGUGCCACCGAGUUCGAGGAUAGCUCAGGAUCCCCUUUGCGUUCCACAUGGGAACCGCAAUAUCUCUCACAGUACUUCGAAGCAGCAGAUAAUGUGGUCAGCAUAAUUCGAGGCUCUUCAGGGGACCAUUACAAACAUGUCAACCCAUUCCUUGCUAGCACUACGUGGCUGGCUGGGGCUGUGCAAUUGCUGCAUCGUAGCGAGCUGGAGGAGGACGAGCCGGAUCGAGAGCUGAUAACGUCGAACUUUGAAUUGGUGAGUUUGAUAUAUCAGAAAACAGUGGAUUUUUGGAACAUGUCACCGGUGCCAUUGCGUAAUUGGGAAACCCUCGAAAAAGGACUCGAAAGUGUCAAAAACAAUCCUGAUGGCGGAGACAAAUUUCACUAUGAGACGCCCUGUAUCUUCACGGCUGGCAACAAAGGCCGACUGGCAAUGUCGAAGACAAAACCAUCUUCUUCGACGGCUUCAACCCUGGCCAGCGGCUAUGACAAUGUCAAUCUUGAAAUUGCGAGGUGCACUACAAAUACCUCAGAUAGGGGGGAUGAUGUUCCUGAAGCCUCUGCUGACAUUUACAACAACGGAACUCUCUCUCAAGUGUCGCCGCCACAGUAUCAAUACCAAGAAAAUGCGCAGCUUGUGUCUACAACACAGAAAUCGUACGAUAUGCCGCCGUCGUCGUUGGGACAACCUCUACAUCAUGAUCAGAAUCUCUCCAUCGAUAUAACCUCGUCCGAUAUGGAUCGAGGAACAGGAAGAGCAUCUUUGUUUCCAAGCACCUACGCGCCGGUUGCUACAUUGUCUCCUAACUUCAUGGACGCCUCACAGUUUGUCUUGGAUCGAGAUUUCAACCUGGAUUUUUCGACUUAUCUAGAUGAGAUGUUCUCAGGCUCGUAUUUGCCAUAGGAAAAGAUACAGAUGAGGAGAUUAUGGGACCGAACGAAUCCAUGAGAGAAUGAUGACUGGAUUGCUAUGCAUGCGUCCUACAUAUGGCCGUUGGAUAUAUGUGCCUUAUUCGCAUCGGCCUCCAUACCAUGUCUAAUCCAAGCCUCAUUCGUUUUCAGAUAGGUAUUGAAAGCUUGCUUGUCCUUGGAUAACGAGUCCAGGUCGACCUUUUUUGGCGAGUUGUAUCCCCUCUGCACGGCUGGUCGCUGAACCAUACGCUGCUGCCACUCUUUGACAUGCGGAAACUCGUCGAUCUCCACGCCAGCGAACCCUUUUUUCGGUUCACCCAUUGAUCAGCACUUGCUGGUGAGGCUGAG